CAAGUGUCAACUCAUCAUGAAACUGUUCUGCUUUACGGUGUUUCUGUUUAUUAUACAGGUUGGUUGUCAUGCGGAAGAAGCAUCGAAGCCGGCUAUGGUUGCCGACGUUAUCCGCGCGAUGCAGCGGCCGUCGGCCGUGAUCGCUAUGCUUUGCUGGACUUCAAAUUUGAAAUUGCAACUAUAUUCGGCACUCGAAGGGGAAAAUGUGACACAAAUAACCAUGAUGCAAUUUUUGAAGGCGGGCACAGUGCCCGAGCGACAUGCGCAGGACCAGCAUAUUGUCUUCUUAGCUGAUCUGGACUGCCCGGACAUUGUUUCCUACUUUCGAACGAGCAGUUUAAACAAGCAUUUCAGAUCACCCUUCCGUUGGAUACUGAUCGAUUCGGGCAAUAAUGAUACGUCUGAAAGCUAUAUUCCCAACGCGGUUGCUAACUUCGAUAUAUUGGUUGAUUCUGAAGUAAUACUAGCUCAUCAUUUGGUAGAUGGGUCGUACAGGUUACAUCUUAUUUACAGAAUAGGUUAUAACACGGAUUGGAAGAAGGAGUUUUACGGUACUUGGAAUGAAAGCAGAAGGUUACAAAAAGAAGUUACGGAGGGAGAAAUAAUUCUACGUAGAUUAGACCUGGAGAGUUUUGAACUUGCAAUCUGCUACGUUCUCACCGAUAAUGACAGCAUUAACCACCUUUAUGAUAACGUAAACGACCACAUCGACACGAUAACAAAAGUAAAUUUUCCAACAACGAACCACUUAUUAGAUUUCCUCAACGCGACCAGAAAAUAUGUGUUUGCUAACACUUGGGGAUAUCGAGUCAAUGGCACUUGGAACGGAAUGACUGGUUCUUUGAUCAGGGAAGAGGUUGAAAUUGGAGGUUCACCGAUGUUCUUCACAUCAGAACGGAUCUCCAUAGUCGAUUACAUAUCGAGCCCAACUCCAACGCGGUCCAAAUUUGUUUUCCGGCAACCAAAGCUCUCUUAUGAAAAUAACUUGUUCCUUUUGUCCUUUCGGGCAUCUGUUUGGUAUAGCUCCAUAGCCUUACUUCUAUUAUUAGUGAUAGUUCUGUUUAUAGUCACGAUUUGGGAAUGGAAGAAGACACGCGGACACGAAGAUAAAAAGGUAGAAGCAGAUUCCGGCAUCUUAAGAGCAAGUGUAGUUGAUGUGGUGCUUUUGAUUUUUGGAGCUGCUUGUCAACAAGGAAGCAUUGUUGAAUUAAAAGGCUCCCUAGGCCGUAUUGUAAUGCUCAUCUUAUUCCUGGCUCUGAUGUUCCUGUAUACUUCGUAUGCGGCCAAUAUCGUGGCUCUCCUGCAGUCCAGCUCUUCGCAAAUAAAGACACUGGAAGACCUUCUCCACUCCAGGAUUAAGUUCGGCGUCCAUGACACGGUCUUCAACAAGUAUUAUUUUUCAACCGCAACGGAACCUGUCAGAAAGGCCAUUUAUGAAACAAAGGUGGCGCCACGUGGGUCAACACCUAGGUUCAUGCCUAUGGAAGAAGGUGUGAAGAAAAUGCAAAAGGGUCUAUUCGCAUUCCAUAUGGAGACCGGCGUCGGCUACAAAUUUGUAGGAAAGUACUUCCAAGAAAGCGAAAAAUGUGGGCUUAAGGAAAUACAGUAUUUACAGGUGAUCGACCCGUGGUUGGCGGUUAGAAAAAAUACGCCUUACAAGGAAAUGUUCAAACUAGGAACAAAACGUAUCCAAGAACACGGUCUACAAUCCAGAGAGAAUCGCUUGCUAUACGAAAAACGACCUAAAUGCAGUGGGCAAGGGGGAAGUUUUGUGUCCGUGAGCAUGGUGGAUUGCUACCCAGCCUUACUGGUGCUAUUUUACGGAGCUGUGUUCUCUGUUGGUCUGCUCUUCUUAGAAAUAUUGACAAAACGAAGAAACGAUAUUCUUAGGAAAAUUAGUCGUGCAAAAACGUGUAGUGUUGAUGUAGGAGAUUAUUAAUUAUUAUCAUUUGCUCG